UAUUAAACUGGCAACACCACAGACACAUGGGAAUUGGAAUAUAUUUUCGCCGGCACGAAUAUUCUAGAUUUCAAUUUUGAAGUGAAGAUUACAAAAGUCAAAAGUCACAAAAUAAAAUCUCGAUUCAUUUGUCUUGAUCUGAUAGAAGUUUACUCCAAGAAGAUGUCCAAUAUUGUGAAACAAUUAAUCCCCUUGCUGGACAGAGUUCUCAUCAAAAGAGCCGAAGCCGUCACAAAGACUGCGGGAGGCAUCGUGAUACCAGAAAAAGCUCAAUCCAAGGUACUUCACGGAGAAGUCGUGGCUGUGGGCCCUGGAGCAAGGAAAGAAAAUGGAGACUUCAUCCCCAUUCUGGUGAAAGUGGGAGAUAAAGUGCUGCUCCCGGAAUAUGGCGGUACCAAAGUUAGCUUAGAAAAUGAUGAAAAGGAAUACCACCUCUUCAGAGAAUCUGACAUAUUAGCGAAGAUCGGAAAUUAAUUUUAGUGCUAGUAGUUAUAAUUUGCUGCGGUUCGAAUUGGUUAAUUAGUUUAGUGUAUGGACAUGAUGUUGUGAUUGUGUAAUAUGUUCAAUGCUGUGGAACAUAAUGUUGGAUUUGCAUUUAUUAUAACAAUGUUAUAAAA